AUGCAGAAAAACUCAGAUGAAGGAUGGAGAAUAGUUGGAAGAAAGACAGAGAGCCAGCAAACAAGAGUUAAUCAGCCUGCUUCCACUUCUAAUGCAUUUGUUGCUCUAUUUACAAAUGAAAUGGAAGGUGCUGGUGGUUUCACUAUCAAUCCAAGCAGGGGUGAGGGCCUAAAUGACCCUGUCAAAGUUGCUUCUGUAAAGAAGUUGCUUCACUCUCAUUCAGUUGAUGUAAUUAGUUUGCUUGAAACAAAAUUUAAACUUAAAAAUGUUUCUAGCUAUCAAAAGAAGUUUUGCCCUUCCUGGUUAUGGGUCUGCAAUUAUGAUUAUUCUCCUAAAGGGAGGAUUUGGAUUGGUUGGAAUGCAGAUAGAGUUACUAUCAAUGUUUUACAGGUCCAUGAGCAAUUUAUUCAUUGUCUUGUCUCUACUAGGGACUUUUCUAUGCAGAUUCAGCUCACUGUUACCUAUGGCCUUCACUCUAUUCAUGAUAGGCUUCCCAUGUGGGAGGGUAUUAGAAACCUAUCUAUUUUGCAUUCACCUUUGUUAUGUGCUGGUGAUUUUAACUCUAUGCUCUGCUCUUUAGAUAGGCUAUAUGGUAAUGAUGUCACUAAUUAUGAGACUAGGGAUUUUAAGAGUUUUGUUGAUGAUUUAAAUCUUACUGAGGUCAAGAGCAAGGGAGCUUUCUAUUCUUGUGUUUCUCAGGCCUGGGUUUCUGAUGGUUCUGUCUGGCCGAAAUUAAAAUCUUUGAAAUCUGGUAUCAAAUCCCUGAAUAACAAGCAAUUUGGUAAUAUUGGUGAGAAAAUUGAUCAAACUUAUGCAGAGCUUACCGAGAUUCAGAACCUAAUGAAUGAAUUUGAUGCUAUUAAGGUUGUCAAGCAAAGGAAUGAUAUCCAAGAAAGCAUCUUCAAGCAAAAGUCCAGGAUCAAUUGGAUUAAGCUUGGAGAUGGCAAUUCUCAUUAUUUUUUCUCAGUUAUGAAGAAUAGGCAAGCAAGGAAUAGAAUUGAUUCUAUCUUUGAUUCUAAUCAGAUUUUGCUUAAGGAUCCUGAUGCCAUUUCUUUUGAGAUCAUUUCUUUCUGUAAGUCUCUUUUAGGGACUAAGGCUCCUUGGCUGCAUGUUGUUGAUCUUGUUACUAUGAGAAGAGGUAAGCAACUUAGCUCUGCUGCUCAGAGUAUUCUUAUUCAGCCUGUCUCUCAUGCUGACAUUGAUGAUGCUCUUUAA